GUCACAGGUUUUCCAGGGCCAUGGCUCAGAAGGAUGGGCAAGGAGAGAGAAGCUGUUCACAGGAGCCCAUGUAAGGAGACCUGGAGCUGCUGUGGGGCCAAGACUGGAGCCAUGAGGCGGCCCCCAGCGAAUGGAGAGGCGGCCAACAAGGGCCCAGGCGGCUGGGGGCCAUGGGAGUCCAGGAGGCUGUGCUGUGCUGGCCCCGACCGCUGUGGGCAGGCUUUGCUGCAGAUUGGGAUCAACAUGAUGGCACUGCCUGGGGGCCGCCACCUGGACUCCAUUCCUCUUCCUGGGCAGCGGCUGCACCUGAUGCAGGUGGACUCGGUCCAGCGCUGGAUGGAGGACCUGAAGCUCAUGACUGAGUGUGAGUGCAUGUGUGUCCUGCAGGCCAAGCCCAUCAGCCUGGAGGAGGAUGCCCAUGGUGACCUCAUCCUGGCGGGCGGUCCCAGCCCCGGAGACCCUCUGCAGCUGCUGCUCAAGCGGGGCUGGGUCAUCAGCACUGAGCUGCGCAGGAUCGGGCAGAAGCUGGACCAGGACCGCUGGGCGCGCGUACACAGCAUGAGCGUGCGUCUGACGUGCCACGCCCGCUCCAUGGUCAGCGAGUACAGCGCGGUCAGCAGGAACUCCUCCCAGGAAAUGGGCCAGGUUGAAAAGCUGCUAAUGGAGAAGUGCUCAGAGCUCUCAGCAGUCACAGAGAGGUGCCUCCAGGUUGAGAAUGAGCACGUCCUGAAGUCGAUGAAGGCCUGCGUGAGUGAGACCCUGAGCACACUGGGCCAGCACUUUGGUCACCUGCUGGAGCUGGCCCUGACACGGGAGGUACAGGCAUUGGUGAGAAAAAUUGAUGCCUCGGACAAUAUCUACACCACAGAGUCUACCACAGGCAACCUGUUCAGCCUGACCCAGGAGGGGGCUCCUUUGUGCCGCAUCAUAGCCAAGGAGGGUGGGGUUGUAGCACUCUUCAAGGUCUGCCGACAGGACAAUUUCCGGUGCUUGUACCCGCAGGCGCUCCGCACACUGGCCUCCAUCUGCUGUGUGGAAGAGGGUGUCCAUCAGCUGGAGAAGGUGGAUGGUGUUCUGUGCUUGGCCGACAUCCUGUCUGAUGACAGCCACUCAGAGGCCACGCGGGCUGAGGCUGCAGCUGUUGUGGCCCAAGUCACCUCUCCACAUCUGCCCUUCACCCAGCACCUCAGUAGCUUCCUGGAGAGCAUGGAGGAGAUCGUAACAGCUCUUGUCAAACUGUGCCAAGAGGCCUCGUCUGGGGAAGUCUUCCUGCUGGCCUCUGCGGCCCUUGCCAACAUUACCUUCUUUGAUACGAUGGCCUGUGAGAUGCUUCUGCAGCUGAAUGCCAUCCGGGUCCUCCUGGAAGCCUGCCGUGACAAGCAAAGAGUGGACACGCCCUACACCCGGGACCAGAUCGUGACCAUUUUGGCAAACAUGUCUGUUCUGGAGCAGUGUGCUUCUGACAUUGUUCAGGAGAAUGGAGUCCAGCUCAUCAUGGGCAUGCUGUCAGAGAAGCCAAGAUCUGGGACCCCAGCUGAGGUGGCAGCCUGCGAGAGAGUACAGCAGAAAGCUGCAGUGACCCUGGCCCGUCUCAGCCGAGACCCAGAUGUGGCCCGGGAAGCCGUGAGGCUCAGCUGUAUGUCGCGUCUCAUCGAGCUUUGCAGAUCCCCAUCAGAGAGGAACAGCAGUGAUGCCGUGCUGGUGGCCUGCCUGGCUGCCCUGCGUAGGUUGGCUGGGGUCUGCCCUGAAGGCCUGCAGGACUCUGACUUCCAGCAGCUGGUCCAGCCCCGGCUUGUGGACUCCUUCUUACUCUGUAGCAACAUGGAGGAGAGUUUCGUGUAGUGAGUGUUGGAGAGGAGAGGCAUCCCCCCCCCACUUUUCCUGCCGCUUGGAGUACACUACACACCUCUGAACACACCUGAAUACGUGACAGCUCUCCUCACCUCCUUAUUUAUACCUAAUUUAUUUUUUACAUGAAGUAGACAGAAGGCGAAACCUUCUAGCAAUAUCAUCAAACAGUAGGUGGUCCUUGGGAAUCGGUUUUUGUUUUUAUCUUUUGACUUCUGUGGCUUUUAAGUUGCAGAUGUUGAAAUGCACAAGAGCUAAUGUGACAGAUUGUCAUGGGUGAUUCACUUCAUCUGUUUUCUCUGCUCUCACUGUAUAAUCUUGCCUGAUUUUUUAAACUUGGAAACCAGAGUAUUUUAACUGGCCAGCAGUUUUGUUUAAAAGUUAGAUUUGCUCUUUCCAAACAUUUAAAAUGAAUUUCACAGUUGGACAGAAUAUAUUGGAAAGAAAGUUUUCUUCUUUAAUAAAUGAAAUUAUACGAA